AUGAAAAGAGUACAUUACGCAGGUAGGAUAGGGAUACGCUGUCCAGCGUACCACUUCGACUGCGAUGUUAACAAGCGUAUACCGCUUUGUGUGCCAAUAGGGGCGUUGAGAAACUGCCGGCCUGAAUGCCCAAAUAUGUCCGAUGAAUGGUGUGGAAUCGGCAGAAUUCUUUGCGAUACGGCAGUUCGCGGUCUACCUUGCGGGCGAUGUGUGACCUUUGAGGAAGCUCACACAAAGUGUCGUGACAUAAGAUGGAAAGCCCUAUGCGAUGUAUCUGGAACCGUAAAAUGUGCUACCACAGAGAACUGUGUGCUUCCCCAAUGGAUUAUGGAUGGCAAGGAUGACUGUGGGGACGGGAGUGAUGAAGAGCCUUGUCGACUGAUAGAGUGCAGCACGGAGCCUCCCGCUACUUCCACGACUAGAACAACAACCUCUACUAGCACAACAACUACAACGACAACAACAACGACAACAACAACAACUGUUAAAACUUUCACACCGCCAUCAAGUAAGUAA